AUGGCCUCGCAGAACAGUUCAAAGGGGCGAGGCCUUUGCAUGCCACCAAAUAAAAACAGAUGGCCCGCAUCACUGCCAUGACGACAUUCACACGCUUCUGACAGAAAUGAUUUUUCCUGUCUUCCUCAUACUGGGCAUCUGCUUGGUGCCAGCACACUUGAAAUCAACCGAAUAUCUGGGUAGUCCUUUACUUCAACAAUGCUUUGAGGAAGCCAAGAAGAUUGUUGAUGAUGCCUACACAUACUCUCGAGCGGAGAGUCUGAGGCGAGUGCGGAAGGAAGUGGUGAGUCCUCACGACGCUCUGCGUCUGCUGAAGCAGCCUCGCGGGGACACGCGCAAUUCCGUGAGGGCCGCAGACUACAUGGCGCAGACCCUGCACCUGUUGCAGGAAAGGAUGCACCGCAUCCACAAGCGCUCCCUCAAUGCAACAGAUUUGCUCUCGGCGGAGGAUCUGGAGAGACUCAGCAUGAUCACAGGAUGUGCCGCUCAAGUCAGGCCUCCGCCCUGUAGCAGCACUCAAAACCUCGACAAGUAUCGCACAGCUACGAGCGUCUGCAACAACCGACAAAACCCCCGCCUGGGUGCCUCCAACACCCCCUUCACCCGCUGGCUUCCUCCCCUGUACGAUGACGGCAUCUCGGAGCCCAAAGGGUGGCAGCCCAACCGAACGUUCAACAACUUCGUGCUUCCCCUGGUCCGCCAGGUGUCGAAUAAUAUCCUGAGCACGACGGACGCCGGCGUGGUCAGCGACAGGGAGUUCUCUCACAUGGUGACCUUGUUCGGACAGUGGAACGACCAUGACGUCACCUUCACGCCCUUCUCGCCCAGCAUCCGCUCCUUCAGCAAUGGGAUAAACUGCGACGAGAGCUGCGAGCGCACCGAGCCGUGCAUCCCGAUCCCGAUUCCUCCCGGCGACCCACGCUUGCCCACCGGUCCUGAUAGCUGCAUCCCCUCGUUCAGAUCGGCCCCCGUUUGCGGAACGGGCUUCUCGGCCUACAAUUUUGGAGGAGUACCCAAUAAGCGGGAGCAGAUCAACGCGCUGACCGCCUUCCUGGAUCUGGGCCAGGUGUACGGCUCCGAGACCCAGCUCGCCCUCAGCCUCCGUGAUCUCAACAGCGAGGGACUCCUACGCGUCAAUACCGAAUUCAAAGAUAACGGACGGGAGCUGCUGCCCUUUCACCCUCUGCCGGUCAACAUGUGCGCCACCCGCAGGCGCACCACCAAUGACAGCAAUGCCAGAGAGGUUCCCUGUUUUAUUGCAGGCGACGUUCGUGUCGAUGAGAACGUCGCUCUGACCACCCUUCACACAAUGUUCAUGCGCGAACACAACCGUCUCGCCCGUGCCCUGAAGAGACUGAACCCCCAUUGGGACAGCGAGACGCUCUACCAAGAGGCGCGCAAGAUCAUGGGCGCUUACACGCAGGUGUUUGUAUUUCGCGACUAUCUGCCGCACAUUGUGGGAGACGACGCCAUGCGCAGGCUGCUGGGGCCUUAUCCCGGCUACAACCCUGACGUGGACCCGAGGAUCUCAAACGUCUUCGCCACGGCAGCCUACCGCUUUGCUCACUUGGCCAUCCAGCCCGUCUUAGCCCGCCUGGGCCCAGACUACAGAGAAGACCCUCAGUUCCCCAGCGUCCCCUUAUUCAAAGCUUUCUUCACCCCCUGGAGAAUCAUAUUUGAGGGUGGCAUUGACUCACUGGUGCGAGGUCUCCUGGGCCGCCCCGCGAAACUCAACACUCAGGACCACAUGAUGGUGGAUGCUCUCAGGGAGAGGCUCUUUGAGUUCGUGCACCACCUGGCUCUGGACCUGGGAUCCCUCAACAUGCAGAGGGGGCGUGAUCACGGCUUACCCGGUUACAACGCAUGGCGCAAAUUCUGUAACCUGUCUGAGCCCCGGAACCAGGCCGAGCUCGCUCAGGUCCUGAACAACCGGGACCUGGCCCGCAGGUUGCUGCAACUCUACGGUACGCCUGCCAACAUUGACGUGUGGUUGGGGGGCGUGGCUGAGCCCUUUGUCCCUGGCGGCCGCGUGGGGCCUCUGUUUGCCUGCAUCAUCGCCACCCAGUUCCAAAAAAUCCGGGAGGGUGACAGGCUGUGGUACGAGAACCCCGGCGUCUUCACGGCGAGGCAGAAAGCCGCACUGUCCAGCGCUACCCUGUCCGGCAUCAUCUGCGACAACACAGGCAUCAAGGCCGUCCCCAGAGACGCCUUCAGUAUCCUAUCGAGGAGAAACCUGCUUGUACGCUGCAACAAUGUGCGACGCCUCAACCUGCAGCCGUGGAGGGAGAGGAGCUGUACAGAUUUCUUAGAAAACGGUAGCUGCCCUGAUCUCCCACUCGAACCCAGAGAUGAAAAAAAACAAUUUCCAAAUGAGGAGUUUCCACAGGAUGAGCUGGAUAACGAGCUUCCAGAGGAAGACCCGGAUAAUGAGUUUCCAAUCUUGCCUCAAUGAGCCACUGCCACUCGGCCUCAUGCUCACCCAGCCUCUGUCUGUCGUCCAUUUGCGCCAAUCCCGUAAAAUAUCCACUUGAAGUUGUCUCCAACGAACAGAAGAACCAUCACUGCCAUCUUUCUCCGAAAACGAACACUGCCGGCGUGGAGUCAGCGCCAGCAUCACUCUCUUCUGGUCAACUGACACCAGGACUUUUUUGUUGUCCUCCCUCAAACGUGUAAACGGGCGGCUGACAAUGAUACACGCAGCAAAAUUUGUGAGACAUGGUCUCCUUUGUGUUACAUGCGAUUUGUCUUUUUUGUUUGUUUGUAUUGUGAUGAUUAUUUAUGUAAUGAAGCAUAGGCAUGCGCAAAGGCUUUUUAGUAUGAAUCCCCCCUCAUCUGUUUGUGUUCUGCACUGAAUAAAAACUGAAGUAAAAACA